CCCUUGCACCAUAGCGCGGAGAGAGGUCAGCUUCAGAGCGUUGAGGUGAUGCUGGAUGCCAGGGCUGACGUCGGCCGAGUGUCCAACGAGAUCAUGACGCCUCUGCACCUUGCGGCGACCAACGGACACUCGUGGUGCUGCAAGGCGCUCAUCGUGUCGAGGGCGUACAUCGACGAGCGAGGAGGACAGCAGAAGAUGACCGCACUGCACAUGGCGACCGAGCGAGGGCACGUCCACACUGCCCGCCUGCUCAUCGCAGAGCGGGCUGACCUGAACAUCCCUGACGCACAGCGCCGCCUCCCCAUCGAGAUGUGUCGCAACGACGAGAUGAGGAGAGUA